CCCCAGCCCCGCCCCCUGUCCCUCGGUCAUGGCUGCCGGGGCCCGGGCCCCGCCGGGGCCGCUGUCCCGGUCCCUGCCGCUGCCGCUGGCCCUGGCCGUGCUGGCGCUGCUGGCGCUGCCGGGGCCGGCGCAGGCGGGGCUGCCCCCCGACCCCGGGGAGCAGCUGGUGGCGGCGGCGCCGCGCUGGGGCUGGAGGAACGUGUCGUGCCCGGCCUGCCGGGUGCUGUUCGGGGCGCUGGACCUGGCGCUGCAGCUGGAGCCGAACGUGGCGCGCGUGGGGCGCGUGGCAUCGCGGCUGUGCCAGGAGCUGCGGCUGGCACGGCCGCCCGUGUGCCGCCAGGCCGUGCAGCUGUUCCAGCGCGACGUGGUGGCGGCCUGGGCGCGCUCGGUGCUGCGCCCGCCUGAGGCCUGCGGGCUCCUGCUGGGCCCCCGCUGCGGCCACUGGGACAUCCUGGGCGCCUGGAACCUGUCCCUGCCCGCCGCCCCCAAGCCGCCGGUGCGGCCCCCCCUGCCGCCGCCGCCCGGCGCGCCCACCGCCCGCAUCCUGUUCCUCACCGACCUGCACUGGGACCGCCGGUACACGCCCGGCAGCGCCGCCGCCUGCCCCGACCCGCUGUGCUGCCGCGGGGCCCCCCGCGACGGGCCGGGGGCCGCGGGGUUCUGGGGCACCUACGGCAAGUGCGACCUGCCCCUGCACACCAUCGACGCGCUGCUGGCACAGCUCCCCAACGCCAGCAGCCACGCCGGCGACGGCUCCGGCGGCGCCAGGAACGGCACCGGAGGGUUCGCGGCCGCGUACUGGACCGGGGACAUCCCCGCGCACGACGUGUGGCAGCAGAGCCGCGGGGACCAGCUGCGGGCGCUGCGCACGGUGACGGCCCUGCUGCGCGCCCGCCUCGGGGGGCUGCGCGUCUUCCCGGCCGUGGGCAAUCACGAGGCCACCCCGGUGAACGCCUUCCCCCCGCCCUACGUGCGUGGGAACCAGUCGGCCGCCUGGCUCUACGACGCCAUGGCCGAGGCCUGGCGGGGCUGGCUGCCCCCCGCCGCCCUGCGCACCCUGCGGGCCGGUGGGUUCUACACAGCACAGGUCUGGCCUGGGCUGCGCCUCGUCUCCCUCAACAUGAACUUCUGCUCCCAGGCCAACUUCUGGCUCCUCAUCAACUCCACUGACCCUGCGGGGCAGCUCCAGUGGCUCAUGGGGGUCCUGGCAGAUGCUGAGCGUGAUGGGGAGAAGGUGCACAUCAUUGGGCACAUCCCCCCGGCCCACUGCCUGCACAGCUGGAGCUGGAACUACUACCGCAUCAUCAGCAGGGUACCGCGUGUACGAGGUGGCCGGUUCCUACCCUGGGAGCUCCCACGCAGUGCUGGACCACGAGACCUUCAUCCUGAACCUGACGGAGGCCAACGCGGCCCCCCCGGGGACGCCCCCCCGCUGGCGGCGGCUCUACGGCGCGCGCGAGGCCUACGGGCUGCCCGCGGCCUUCCCGGCCGACUGGGACCUGCUGGUGCGGCGGCUGCAGGACGACGAGCGGCUCUUCCAGCGCUUCUGGUUCCACCUGCACAAGGGGCACCCUCCCCGCGAGCCCUGCGGGGGCCCCUGCAAGGCCGCCCUGCUCUGUGCCCUGCGCUCCGGCCGCGCCGGCGACCCCGCGCUCUGCCGGCCCCUGCGCCCCGCCCUGCCCUUCCCACGCAUCCAGGAGCUCUGGCGACAGCGGCAGCUCUGCUGACCGGGUCACACCGGGAGCGGGUUGGAGUCAGCACAUGGUCACACUGGGAGCGGGGUUGGAGUCAGCACAUGGUCACACUGGGAGUCGGGCCGGGAGUGGGGUCGGCACAUGGUCAUGCCAGGACUGGGUUCGGUACUGGCACGUGGUCCUUGCAUCUCACCAGAUGCACAAUAAAGGCACAGUGGGCCCCACUAUCCCUCCCCAUCCUCAUCCACCAGGAUUGGGAUUGGAGUCAGGAUCAGCACACAAUUCUUGUGUUCCCAUCACCCAGCCAAUACAGGUGUGAUGGACCCCACUGCCCUUCAUCCUCCUCAUCCCAAUCCUCACCCCACAACACCUUAGGGAGAACCAAACCAGGAAUAACGUAACCCUCACCCCUUCUUCCUCCUUCCCGCAUGAGGCCGAAGGCAGAGCCGAGCCGGGCUGGUGGAAUGGGUUUAUUAAUUAAUGAUUUAGUACAACACA